AUGGCAACAGAAACAAGCAGCGUUGUGCCAACACAGAAAGCGCUUGAGAAACACAUCGAAAAAGUGAAGCAAACAACUGCGACUCUAUUUGAUGAAACGCCUUUGUUGAGUGAGGAACGUCAAUUGAAAGUGAAUGAGUUCUAUGGAAAGAGCAACCAGCAGUGGCAGUUGAUUUAUCGAGCUAGUAGAGACGGUUUUGGUGCUAAAGACUUUCAUGAUCGAUGUAAUGAUCCAGGUGCAACAGUGACUGUUAUAAGAUCGAAGAAUGGAUAUUUGUUUGGAGGAUGUACACGAGCUCCGUGGAAGAGUGAUAGAGGAUGGAAAGAAGGUGCGUCGGCAUUUCUGUUCACCCUGACUAAUCCACACACUACUCCACCAACAAAGUAUCAAAUUGAUCCGCAAAAGAGUGUAACUGCUGUCUGGCAUCAUGCUAGUUGGGGACCUAUAUUUGGAUGGCGUGAUGGUCGUUGUCUCUUUCAGGAGCGAUGA